CGACAUCAACAUCUACCAGUCUCUCAUCUCGAAGAUGGUCCUACUCGGAACGAGUGAGGAAUGGCAGCAGCAAACGUCGCUGCUGCUAGAAGCGCGACCGACCACGACACGCAUCACCACGAAGUACAACAUUCCCAAUCUUGAUUCGCCCAAGUACCAGCAGAAGUUGAAGAAGCGGAAAAGAGACGCGAAUGGCGAGGACAAGGAUGGCACAAAUGCAACACCUCUCGUGCCGCGCGCGACACUCACGCUCAAGGCGUAUGAUCCAGAGUCGGGCGUAGUACUGAAGUUCAAGACCGAUCGGGCUGCCGAAGUGGGACGAUUGGUCAACGGGCUGGGUCGUGUAGGAAGACAGAUGGCUGCCCUACCGGAGAAGGAAGAGACGCAAGAUAGCAAAAUGGAAGACGUGGUCGGAGCGGAAGGGACUACAGAAAUCGCGGCGCAAACCUCCGCGUCUGCUGCGAGUGGCGCCAAACCUCAGUCCCAACCUCAACAAGCUGGCGGCGGCGGCAAGAAAAAGAAGAAGAACAAGAAAUGAACCUGCUCCACUAUAGAUGACACGCUCCGCAUCGAUUGCAGUUCAGGGUGUGAUUGUGGCAGGCCGCCGGGUUUCUUCACGAGGCCCACCGGCUUUGACAUUUACGCUCCCAUAUCCACAAUAUGACCGAAGGCCGGGACGGCCCCAUCCUGUGGAGAUCGUGCACUCGAAGCCAAGCUCCGCAUGACAUGUUUCGGCUUGGCUGUAGUAGAAGCACUCAUACGAGAGGUGGAUCUCGACGCUCCAUUCCAGGCAUGUAGGUGAAGGUGCAACAUACUGUAUGCACUAUCGGCAUCGCAGGCUUGGCGUGGAGCCGAUGUCCCGUGCGGCUGUUCAGCACUCAGCGCUCAGCGCUGAGUGCUGAACGUGAGAUGGUUCUCUGUGAGCAUACCUGAGGUAUACACAAUCUUUUUUCAAGAAAUUGUAAUCAGACUGGCAUCCAGCCGCCAUUGACGAAAGACUGCAUGGCAGCAACAACACUAGCAGAUCAGAUGUUUCGGCGAAAUGGCGGAAGAAACAAAGUCGCUAGGUCAUCGCUGCCAUUGCGCUCGCCGUCAUCGCAGCACGUGGCUUGCCUCUGCCACACGGCUUGUCGACUCGUCUGUCGUAGCUGAGAGGUCUCACAACCAACAUGUCAUGUCUUCGGGUAUGCAUGAUUUGGUGUGUUCGCCUGCAAAGUCGUACUGGACUGGACAUUACGAGUUCAGUGGGCUUGGGCUUAGGCUUGGACUUGCGAAUGAAUGCUCGCUGAGGUCGCCACUCUCAGCUGCUGCUUGCGAUGGCAGCUCGGCUUGCCAGCUCUCCCGAGUUCCUAGCUUCGCCCAACAGCUCUGCCAAUAAUCAUGUGGAGCACAGCACGCACAUGUGAUAUCGAUAUAGAUACAUGUAGGAGGUAGUAGUGGGGCACAUACCGUCUCCAGAACAAAUCACACAUACAUGUACGGUACC